GUGGACAGGCGUGGAUUUGCAUAUGAGCACGGCAAGCUAAAGCUUUCGGGCGCACAGCUGGUGAACCUGCGGGGCGAUGCUGUGCAGCUGAAGGGCAUGUCGACGCAUGGCCUGCAUUGGUUUCCAGACUGCUACGAGAAGGGCAUGCUGGAGCAUUUGGUUUCCAGCUGGGGCAUCACUGUGUUCCGUGCAGCAAUGUACAUCGGUGAGGGAGGCUACGCCUCGGACAAAUCAGUGGCUCAGCUUGUGGAUGAGAUUGUAAACUGGGGCGAAGAGUUUGGCGUCUAUAUCAUGAUUGACUGGCACGUUCUGACGCCGGGGGAUCCCAACCACUGGCUUACUGGUACAGGUGUAUCCCAAGCGGAUGCAGCAGCUUACUGGCGAGAAACAGCUCUCAAGUACAGAAGCAAGACCCACGUUCUGUAUGAGAUCUGCAACGAGCCGAAUGGUGUCAACUGGCCUACGGUCAAGUCCUACGCUGACAACAUCAUCUCGGUGAUCCGUGAGGUCGACCCGGAUACGAUUAUCAUUGUGGGCACGCCUACAUGGAGUCAG